AUGUCUCUAUUACGCAUGCACACGGUAGCAGACCUCAACAUCUCGAUUACCACAUUCAACGCUGGCCGCGAGCUUAUCGAUGUCGACUACUUUGCUUCCUCGCUCUACACGACCCUCAAACCAGGCACACUACCGCCCGACCUCAUAGUCCUCUCACUCCAGGAGAUCGCACCGCUUGGAUACAGCUUCCUUGGCGGAUCGCUUUUGGCACCCUUCUUGUCACGCUUUGUGGGAGCAGUCACGCGAGCCGCGCAGUGGGCAUUUGGCAAGGACGCAGAUUACGAGCAUGUUGUCACAAGGAGCGCAGGAAUGACUGGCAUAGUCGUGUUCGGGCGGAGGACCGUCAGGGAGAGAACUAAAUGGAUAGAGGCAGCCGGGACAGGAGUCGGGAUAUGGGAGAUGGGCAACAAAGGUGCUGUUGGAGUCAGGAUAGCACUGGAGUCGGCAGGGGCAGAUGACGAGGACGUGCUUCUGACCUUUGUCGCGGCGCACCUGGCACCAAUGGAGAAGGCUUGGGAACGCAGAAACGAGGACUGGGAGAACAUUUGUCAGACUUUGGUCUUCGAGCCGGUGGACAAGAGGAACGCCAACGUUACGGAAGGGCAACCACUGCUUGGUAACGACGACAGCACUUCUGGACCACAUGGCAUGUAUGAUCCACCUUCGCACCUCUUCAUCGCCGGCGACCUCAACUACCGCACUUCCGAUUCGCAACCAGACCCGAAGGAUUUCGAGUCGUGGCCACAACCCAUGCAAUCCGACUCCGGCACAGCACACUACACGAAGCUGCUGGACAAGGACCAACUGACGCGCGAACUCAAAGCCAAUCGAACCCUCCACGGCCUCACAGAAGCCCCCAUAACGUUCCCACCAACCUACAAAUACUCCUCGCGCGCUCAAUCUUUGGCAAGAGAGACUGCGAAAGCACGAUCUCAGAAUACCAAAGAUGACGAAUCUGUCAGCCCAACGAUAGACCUGUCCGACAUUCAGGAGCAAGUCUACCUCUGGGCGAAGCACCGCAUUCCAUCAUGGUGUGACCGGAUCCUGUUCCUCGAAUCCGCGAAGCCACAGGUGCAUAGUUACACAGCACUACCAGUACAGCCAACGAGCGACCAUAGGCCGGUCGUACUGUCCUGCUCAGUACCUGACAAGGCAGUGACAGAGGCAGUAACGGCUCCCUUCGACAUCGCCAAGGAUUGGAAGAUCCGCCGGGAGUUUGCCAAGCGAGUUGAAGUCGCAGUAGGAGUGGGUGGAUACCUGGGAUUCACGGGACAAGGUCGCGUCCUCACCGCUGGGACGCUGGUGGGAGUUAUUGUUGGGUACUUGGCAUUGCGAUACAUGUUGGGUUAUUGA